AUGCCACGGCCCGUUGCGCUCGCCGCGGCGCUGUGCGCCUUGGCGGUGGCAGUUGCUGCAGAGAGUCUCCAGGGCAGUGAGAUCAACAGUUUGAGGAGGAGUCUGAGACAGAGUCAGGAAAGCCUAGAUGAGGAACUGUUUGAGGCCGUGGGCUUGACAGAUGGGUCGCAGCGCAAGCGCGUUGCGGACCUUCUGAGAGACGGCGCCAACGCCAGCACCUGCUGCGACAUCUUCGGCAACAGCCCGCUGCACAUCGCAGCCAUGAAGGAUAACCACAAUGUCGUGUUCGCGCUCAUCGUGGCGGGGGCAGACAAGGAGGUGGAAAACUCUGUGGGGGACAGGCCUAUGCAUGUGGCUGCUGCGGCUGCAGCUGACCAGGCCCUGGAAGUGCUCUUGGAAGCCAGUGCAAGCGUGGACGCCCAGAACAAUGCUGGCAACACGCCCAUGCACCUGGCAUUCGAGGUGGGCGCCGUCAAGGUCAUCCGCCUGCUGCUGCUGGCGGAGUCAGGCGAGCUAGAUGUGCAGAACAGCGACGGAGACAAGCCAACGGACGUGCUGUGCAGGAAGACCUGCCCAAGGGGGGCCGAGAAGAAGAUACAGGGCUUGUUGUCCAAGGCAGCUCCGUCCGAGACGCCAGUGGCGCCGGUGUCCUCCGAAGACCCCCUGGAUUUGGAGCUCAUUGCGGUCGCCAUGGAGGUGCCCAGCGAUACGAGCAAGGUGGAAGCCGAGCGACUGCUGACGGCAGGUGCCAGCCCAAAUUCCUGCUGCACCCAAUUCGGGGGCACCGCCUUGCACGCAACCGUCAGUCAUGACAACGACAUCGUGGCGGAAGUCCUCAUCUCCAAUGGCGCCGACGUCAAUGCCGUGGACGACCUGGGGGAUACGGUGCUGCACAUUGUGUCGUUCUGGAACGCGACGAGGGUUGCAAAGCUGGUCAUCAACAGCGGGGGCGACUUGGACGCUUUGGAUGAUAUUGGUGAGACGCCGCUGCACCACGCGUCGGAGUUCGGCAAGCUGGAGAUCGCCACCCUGAUGGUGGAGAAGGGCGCCGAUGUGGACAUAAAGAACUCAGAGGGGGAGACGGCCGAGGACCUGAUAUGCGAGGUGGAGUGCCCGGAGGAUAUCCGGCUGGGGCUGGAGAAGCUCUUCGCUGAGGCUGCCCCUGCGCCGCCAACGCCGACUGCCCCUAAGGUGCCAACACGAAGCAGCCCUGCACCACAAGCCCCAAGCGGCCCCCCAUCGGAGCUGGACUUGAUGCUCUUGGCGCUGGCCAUGUCGGAGCCCAACGACACGGGCAACGCCAUGGCCACCGAUCUCAUCGCCAAGGGCGCCAACCCUAACGCCUGCUGCGGCGAGUUCGAUGGCAGUGCGCUGCAUGUGACUGUCCGGCACGACAACGACGGCGUGGCGGCAGCGCUCAUUGAAGCCGGCGCGGAUCUCAACGCGGUCGACAAACUGGAGGACACCCCCCUCCACAUCGCGCCCUUCUGGGACGCCGUGCGGGUGGCCAAGCUCAUCAUCGACGCCGGGCCCGACCUCAACGCGCAGGACGACAUUGGCGAGACGCCGCUGCACCAUGCUGCUGAGUUCGGCAACGUGGAGAUCACAAGGCUGCUGCUGGCUGCGGGCGCGGACACUGAGAUUCUCAACCUGGAGGGCGAGAAGGCGGUGGAUCUCAUCUGUGAGGUGCCAUGCCCGCCGGGCGACGAGGAGGAGCUGCGUGGGCUGUUCGCGGCCGCGCCGCAGGAGGCGGAGGCAGACCCAGAGGAAGAGGAAAAGAGCCUUGAUCAGCAACUCCUCAAGAUAGCCGGCUCCUCCAAAGCUGAAGGCGCCGGUGAGAAGGCCCAAUCCCUCAUCGACGCCGGCGCCAGCCCGGACGCCUGCUGCACUGGCUUUGGCGGCUCCGCUCUCCACGAGACCGCAGCCGCAGACAACAAGCCCGUGGCAGCUGUCCUAAUCGACGCAGGGGCGAAUGUCGAUGUGCGAGAUCGCCUCGGCGACACCCCACUGCAUUCCGCUGCAAUCUCAAAUGCUGUGGAUGUUGCCAUCUUGCUGCUGGAAGGGGGGGCGGAUGUCGAUGCCAUUGAUGACAUUGGUGAGACGCCACUGCACAGGGCAGCGGCCUUCGGGCGGGCCAAGGUGGCUGAGCUGCUUGUGCGGUACGGGGCUAAUGCGACGAUCAAGAACAAUGAUGGGAAGCUGCCAGCGGACAACAUCUGCAGCAUACCCUGCACGGCAGUCAUCGAGAAGCGGCUGAGGGACCUGCUUCCAGAAACCUCCCCGCAAAGCGACAAGGAAGAAGAGAAAGCACACAUAGAAGAGGAACUUCGGGAAAUACGGGCAGAAAAUGGGACUGCGGAGCCGCCACCGCCACCCCGUAUCCGCUCACCACCCAAUGCCUUCGACCAGAGCCUGUUGGACCUGGCGGACACCCCCGCCAACGACUCCACCCGGGCGACGGUGAUGAAGGUCCUGUCCAAGGGCGCCAGCGCGGACGCGUGCUGCAACGCCUUCGGCGGCUCCGCGCUGCACAUCACGUCCAACUUCGACAACCACGUCGUCGCGGAGGCCCUCAUUGAGGCGGGGGCCACCGUCGACGCGCGGGACGACAUUGGCGAUACGCCGCUGCAUGAUGCCGCCAUUGUCAACGCCCAGAAAGUCGCUGCCCUGCUGAUCGCCAAUGGCGCCGAGAUCGACGCUCUGGACGACUUGGACGAGACGCCCCUGCACCACGCCGCUGAGUGGGGCAGCGUGGAAGUUGCCAUACAGCUACUGGACGCGGGGGCGAGCGUGGAGAUUGAGUCCAAGGAGGGCCUGACGCCCGCUGAGGUUGUGUGCGAGACUUGCACAGCCGCCACAGAGUCCACCUUCGAUGAGCUGUUGAAGCCGGCUGGCAAGUCGGGCCCCAGCCCGGACGAAAACGCACCACCGCCCAAGGAGGAGGAAGGCAGUGGGCCGACGUUCGUGCCUCUGCCACCAAGCAACCGG